AUGAAGUUAUCCUCUCCUUCCCCCUUAGCGUCCAAUAACAACAAAUCAAUCAUUUCUUGUUAUUCUUGUCUUGCUCCAUUCAUUGCCCAUCACAUAUCCACAACCAUGUCUUGGCAGCGACCUGAAAGCAACCCUCACUUUUACAGACCACAACUGCCUCAUGACCCAAAUUCCCAGCCUCGAGGCAGACCGACCAAAAUUUCAGAGAUAGAACCACAUGAUAAAGAGAAACUUCCGUAUCCCCAUCAACAUGUGGACGGACAAUCCUCACGGCCAUCACAUCAGCAGCCGGGUCUGCCGACUCGGCCACAGCAACAGGGUGAAUAUUCACAAGGCCCCCGGAUACCACGUGAACGCCGAACCAAACUAUUAGAAUGGUUUGGUGCAGUCUUUUGUGCAAUUCUCUGGGUUGUCAUAAUUGUAGGAGGCCUCAUUGUCUUGAUAAUCUACCUUGUUUUUCGUCCACGAAGCCCUGGUUUUGAUAUUUCUAGUGUCACAUUAAAUGCAGCCUAUCUUGACAUGGGCCAUCUGCUCAAUGCUGAUGUUACUCUGCUCGUGAACUUCACAAAUCCGAACAAGAAAGUACGUAUCGACUAUAGUUACAUGUAUAUCAAUCUAUACUAUGAAACCACACUUAUUUCUACCCAAUACAUUGAACCCUUCUCUGCGGCCAAGGCCGAGUCCAAGUUUGCAUAUAUUCAUAUGGUGACUAGUCAGGUCCGGCUUCCACAAGCAGAAAGUUCAAGGCUUCAAAAGCAGAUUGAAAGCAAUGGGGUCAUGCUUCAAGUCAAGGGAAUUUUUAGAGCACGAUCUAAUCUGGGAAGCGUCUUAAGGUACUCUUAUUGGUUGCAUGGUCAAUGCACUAUUCUUACUGCUGGUCCUCCUGAUGGAGUUUUGAUCAAAAGAAAAUGCAAAACAAAACAUUAAUCGAGGAUGCAUAUUGGAUUAAUGGGACGCAAACCCACGUCAGGGUACUCGAGUUUAUAAGCAGUGUGUGUUGUUCUCCAUUGUUUUUCUUGUUUUGAUCAGUGAUAUUAAGUUUUGAUAUUUUUGUAAAAUUGUCGUGCACCUAAUACCUUUUCAUCAAUUGGGUUACGGCCUGGUAUUAAGCUUUCUAUUACCUAAUUUAUCCUUAAA